AUGGGAUUAUUCGACAGAUUAUCAAACUGGCUAGGGCUGAAAAAGAAGGAGAUCAAUGUCCUUUGUAUAGGACUGGACAAUAGUGGCAAAACUACCAUUAUAAACAAACUAAAACCCGAGAAGGUUAGUUUGCCAUGCUGUUUGUGUUUGCCGAUGAUGAGAUUGAUCUUUUUAAUAUUUACUCUUGUUUUAACACUGGAUGUUUUUCUACAAAUUUUCCAUUUUUUAGACUCAAGCGCAAGAUAUUGUACCCACGGUAGGCUUUACUGUGGAAAAAUUCAUAUCACAAAGGUAAAUGUUAAAUACUGAUUAUAACAAGCUACACCUACCCAAAUAAGCUUUUGGGUAUGUAAUUUUUAAUUUAAAAAAUACGAUUAAGUUGGUGGUUUCACGCGGAGUUUUGUUAACCUUUAACUCUUCAAGCUUUUAGUAACUUAAAGAUUAAUAUUUGGUUUAUUCAACAGUCUUAACAGAGGUGAACUAUUUUGAGAUUUAAGCUUUAUAUAAGUUGUUAAUUGUUAGACGUAGCUUAGCUUAUGUGCGGGAUUUUACCCGCCACAAAUUCCCACCAUUUGUACAGAAAAUGGUAAAGCAAGAAAAUUCCACUUACACUAUAUACGGAAGUGUUUCGUUGGAAAGUGUAAAAAUUAUUCAUCCUUUCAACUGUGGCAGAAUUAGUUGAGUCAGUAGAGCGCUUGACUGCAAAGCUAGAGGUUUCGGGUUCGAUUCCCAGGGCCAGACCAUUACUCAGGGUCUUAAAGUACUGUAAAAUUCCCGAAAAUAAGCCCCUCCAUGUAUAAGCCCCUCCAAAUAUAAGCCCCCCAAAACUGUAACACAAAAAACCCUCCGUUAAAUCGCCCCUCCAAAUAUAAGCCUCCCCUGGGGGCUUGUUCUUGGAAUUUGCCCUCGAAUACAAAGUUAUGUAAAACAAAGCAAAAAUGGUAAAUGUCCUUCCCACUACAAGCUAGCCCAAUCGACUUUGAAACUCAAAUUUCCCUCUGUAGAUAAGCCCCUCCGAAUAUAAGCCCCUCCAAAAAUAAGCCCCUCAAAAAGGGCCUUUGAAAAAUAUAAGCCCCGGGGCUUAUUUUCAGAAUUUUACGGUAACUGACAAAUGAAGUUACUCCCUUUGCAGUGCAAGCUGCGAGACCUUUGCGUGGCUUGGAUGACCGUGUAAAAUGGCGGUCCCGUCUCCAUUAGGAGACAAAAAAAUAGCGUCCCCAAUUAGCGCUUUUGUGCUUAAUACAUUGACACUCAAAUAAAGUGCAUUUUACAUUUUUUUUUCUCUGUUAUCCCUGCCUGACAUACUUUUAAUUUUAUUUUGCAAAUUAAUUUUACUAGUCUCAACUUUACUGUGUUUGAUAUGUCUGGCCAAGGAAGAUACAGAAAUCUGUGGGAACAUUAUUACAAGUAAGUUUGCUUUAAGCAGGGUAUUUUGAAGGUGAUUUAGACCCAGUUCAAUUACUGUGUAAUUCAUAGACUGAUAGCAUCAACCUAAUUGAUGACAUUAGCUGUGGUCACACUACAGACUUUUACCUAGGUAAAAGCAAUUUACCUAGGGUAAAUUCAUAAAAAAUCCCCCGAGGUAAAUUCAUCUCGGGUUUUGUUUUACCUACAGUAGGUGAAAAUUCUGGGAAGGUCACACUACUGAUAUUGGCUCCCAAGGUUUUCAUGCCAGUUGAAUUUUUUGGAGCGUACAGAUACACAGGGAUCUAGCUGAUCAAAGAGACGUUUUUUUUCUUUUAUGUCGCUGUUAUUUCUUACACUAUUCAACGUGCAAGAUGAAGAAAGCCAAAGACGUAGAUGACUCAAGCCCCCAAAAUUUCUUUCACAGCGUGAGCUAUGUGCGGUUCUGUCAUCAAGACCUCCACCGAUGAGCGUCAGUUGGCUAGCAACCUCGGUAUUUCAUUUUUCCCUAGCUAUCGCUUUGGGGUAGCUGUCAAGGGAAACUCUUUUGUUCUCGAGACAUAUCCAAGACCCAGACGAUAAAAUUUCCCCGAGGUAAGUCACCUAGGGAAAAAUUGGUAACACUUUAAAAAUCAAGUUUUCCUAAGUAGACUGUCAACAACUCAAAUUUACCUAGGUAAAAAGUCUGUAGUGUGACCACAGCUAUUAUAUAGGGACAACAGUCCUAGCAUGGGGCCAUUUUAAGCAGUUUGGUUUGUAGCCUGAGAAAACCGUUGACAUUUCAUGAUGCCACCAAUAGUUUCCCCGCGAAAUGAUUUCUGAGGAGCGAGUGCAGAAAAUUCAUACUGAUGAUGUGUCACUACCCUGAUCAGGGUAGUGCUACUGCACAGGGUUCCAAAUUGGUGACUCUGAUUGCUAAGAUAGUUACCCUGCAGCUAAUUUGUGUUGAUAUCAUGCCAUGCAGUUAGCAAUCACAAUUCAAGGUGUGGUACCUGAUAAAAUAGAUGUGUUUAAGCUAAUUCCCAUCUUAUAUAUUUCAGUGCUAAUUAUAGGGAAAGUUUGCGUUUUAUGUACAUGUGUAAGAGCGUGUCUGAAACUGUUUGUAAGAUGGGCUUUUUUUGCUUUCAUAAAUGACCCUAAUGCAUUGGCUGUCACAUGGUCUCACGUUACAUCAGACUAAUGAUUAUUUUAAAGGUUGCAGGUGACACCAUAAAUCCAAAAAUUAAUUAAAUAGCUAAUGAAAAUUUUGAAGUCAAAAGUCAAGUCAAAGCUCUCGUAAGUGACGGCAUCAGAAAUUCAAAAAAGUGGUCGUAACUAGUCAAGAGCUCUCAUUAGUGACUGCAUUGUAAAACAAUAGAGGGUGGUCGCUUACAAGAGCUUCAGAAAGGCAUUAAUGAUUCUGUGACUGGUCAUUGCCAUGCAGGUUAAGUGGUCGCUAUAGAAAUGACCUUGAACUUUUACAAACCGUUAAGUACAAGAGCUGGUUGCUUACGAGAGUGGUUACAAGGAGAGCUUCGAAUGUAGUUUUUUUUUUUUACUAUUUAGAUGUACAGUUACUAAUAAUGGUUCUUAUUUUCUUUGUUGGGCCUUUUAGAACUGCUCAAGCAGUCAUAUUUGUGCUAGACAGUAGUGACAAAUUAAGAAUGGUUGUAGCCAAAGAAGAGUUAGACAUGUUACUUCAACAUCCUGGUUAGUCAUGAAUGUUAGUGUCAAUAAAAUGUAGUUAAUAAUGGUAAUAGGACUGAGUAGAGUCCAAUUCGGUCUGUAAUCAUACCAGUGAUUACACGGUUGUCCGAUUUGUUUAACCUCAAGUAUAAUUAAUAAUGGUAAUAGGACUGAGUGGAGUCCACUUUGGUCUGUAAUCAUACAAGAGAUUCCUUUAUUCAUUCAUUCAUUCAUUUAUUUUUGCCAUUAACCAGAAAUACAACAACAGUAUAAAAAUACAUUAAAGACAAUAUUCUAACUUAAUUAUGUACAAGAUCAAAUGUUUAAAGUGGUAAUGGCAAGGAAGCCUAUAUAGAAGCCGUAUUCCUGGAACUAUAGGGUAAACCAUGCAAGUUAAGCAGUACUGAAUGAAAAUUUGGAUUUAAAAAAAAAAAUAAAGAAAAGAAAAGAAGAGAAGAGAAAAAAGGAAAGAGAAGAAAAGAAAAAGAAAAGGUGUGUAGAUCAACAAGUAGAGCUACCGACAAUUAAUAGAUGUAAUAACUGCGUUGCCUUGAAGAGAUAACGAUUAAAACUGUUUUUUAAAACAAAAUUUCAUCUUUUGCGGGAGCACAGCAAAACACAUCCGUAUGCAUCAGCACCCAACAAUGCAGUCCAGAGAGAUAAACAAAAUUGGAUGACUGUGUAGCGUCACAAGUACUAGUAUCACGAUUAUGAUAAAAGACCGAAUUGGACGACUCGAAGUUCUGUUACCAAUUAAUCAUAACUUUAACAAAAUUUGUGAUAUUUCAGGCUUUUCAAAAUCAAAACAGAGGAAAUUUUUCUAGCAGUUAUUGUUAAAAAAGCCAUUUAAGUGCGCUUGUGCGAUAGUACGUAUUGUCCAGUUGCUUAGGCAUGAGGCGUACUGUCCUAUUACACUGUCCUAUUAGUGCUGAAAUCAGGACAGCUGAUAGCCAAUCAGAUUUGAGAAUUUUGUUUAAGUUAUGAUGAAACCUAAUAGUUGCAAGUGUUUAUUGCGAUUAAAAGAACUAUGAACACUUUGGUUUGAUUUUGUGUCUACAUUCUGUUAAAUGACAGCAUUUUUGAAAAGUGAUUUGGCUUUAUUGUUUCUUGUACAAUUACUAACUCUGACAAAUUCAUUCUUCUUCAGAAAUUACUCAGAGGAGAGUGCCUAUUUUAGUUUUUGCAAAUAAAAUGGACUUGAAAGAUUCUCUCUCCCCUGUCCAGGUAGAACAGUUUUUAUUCAUUUUUUAUCUUAAAGGACAGUAAUAUUUAUAAUAAUUGAUACAAAUUAUGUAAAACAUAAAAAUGUCCACAUUAUGUUUUUACAAACCAAUAUGUACUAUUAAAUCAAUUGCAAAAAAGGAUGCUGGCUUUGAAACUAAUUGUUUGAUUUAUUUUCAGUGUUCAAACAAGAUGGGUUUACAUGAUAUAACAAACAAACCAUGGCAUAUAUGGUAAUUACGGCGUCUUAUGUAAGAUGGCUUGCAAUGGCCACUCAAUUUAAUUUUAAGUUUAAUUCAUAAUUUGGCAGCAUUCCAAAGACCUAAAGCAUUUAAGAGGUAAGACACUUUAGAAUGUGAUGCACUGGUCUUAACCCUUUAAGCCCCAAUAUCCACAUACAAAUUCUCCAAACUGGUCUCUAUACUUUUCCAUAAAGAAUAAGUUGAGAGAAUUUGAUAAGAGAUCAAAGCAUUUUAUUUUGGUGAUCAUUUUAUCAGUUCUCACAACCUUUUCUCGUAAUUGUGUAUUGACAUUGUUGGGAGAAGAUUGGUGUUUGUCAGUCUCAGGACGUAAAGGGUUACUAGAUACUAGGGAAGUAACUUAAAGACAACAACCCAAGAAGAACUGUUAAUCAAACCAAAAAACACUUGAAAUUGUGGUCAACAUUCAGCGUGCAAAGUAGUGUUCAAUAGCCCGGGGCUAGUGGAUUUUGCUAACGGGAUAGUGCUUUCUUUUUUUUAAUUUGUCGACAGGCAAGUGAUAUUUUUUUGAGGAAUUCAAAUAACAGAAGAACUGUGAAAUCAAUUCUGCUAGUCAAAAAGUUUUUGGGGCUAGUUGAACUGACGCCUGGGCUAGCAAAUGCUAGCUGUAAAAAUCAUUUUCUUUGCACCCUGACAUUAUACCAAUGUAUUUCAUCAUCAAUCUUUCCUUCACGUGAGGUUGUGUGACAAUUUUGUCAUUCAUCACUUGAGGCAAGCAUCAUCACAGAUAGCUUUGAUCAGUUCAUGGCAAUCUGUUACCUUUGGUUUCCAUAGUCAUGCAACAGUUCCUGUUCAAGAUAGAAACUUUGAAAGUCAUUAUAGUUAAAUAUAUAAUUUCUUUUUUUCUUUUGUAUAUAAAGCACUUCAUUUUUGUCCUUUUUUAUUUGUAGUGCCAGUAAUGCUCUCACAGGGGAAGGACUGAAUGAUGGGGUUGACUGGCUUACAGGUGGGUGUAACUGCCACAUGUGA